UUUUCAUUGUCAAUGAGUGAAGAUAAUUUUCAUCCGCAGAAUCCGUGAGAUCACAAAGAUCACUUCCGGGAUCGGUGGUUGGCAAAUCCAUGGCAGUUUUGUUUACCUGAAAAUUUAAGGAAAAUUGAAAUUACCUUGGAAAAAGUAAAAAAUAGUAAAAUAAAAUUUUAAACCAAAGAGAAUUAAGAAAAAUAGAAAGCAAAUAAGGAACCAAUAAAAAUGGGUAGAACUGCAACGAUUGCUGUUUGUACUCUAAAUCAAUGGGCCAUGGAUUUUGAUGGGAAUUCACGAAGAAUUCUUCAAAGUAUCCAAAGUGCAAAGGAAGCUGGUGCCACAUACAGAAGUGGUCCAGAACUUGAGGUUUGUGGAUACAGUUGCGAGGAUCAUUUUUAUGAAUCGGACACAUUGCUCCAUAGUUGGGAGGUUGUGGCGACUUUUCUAAAUUCUCCAAUUUGUACAGAUAUUUUAGUCGAUGUUGGAAUGCCCGUUAUGCAUAAAAAUGUCACUUACAAUUGUCGUGUGGCGUUUUUAAAUAAACGAAUAUUAUUAAUUAGGCCAAAAAUGCUUCUUUGCGAAGAUGGAAAUUAUCGUGAGACCAGAUGGUUCUCACCAUGGACAAAGGAGCGAACAGUUGAGGAUUAUUUUCUACCAAGAAUGAUUUCACAAAUUACUGGACAAAGUGUUGUACCAUUUGGCGAUGCAGUGAUUUCGACAAGAGACACGUGUGUUGGAUUUGAAAUUUGCGAGGAACUUUGGAAUCCAUCGAGUAAUCAUAUUCCAAUGUCCUUGGACGGAGUUGAAAUAAUAGCAAACGGAAGCGGAUCUUAUUUUGAAUUGCGUAAAGCAUAUGUCACUGUUGAUUUAGUAAAAUCGGCGACAUUUAAAUCAGGUGGUUGCUAUAUGUUUAGUAAUUUACGUGGUUGUGAUGGUGGUCGAAUUUAUUUUAGCGGUGGUUCAAGUAUAACAUUAAAUGGAAAAAUUCUCAAUCGUGGAAAACAAUUUACAUUGGAGGAAGUCGAAGUUAUUGUCGCGACCAUUGACUUGGAAGAUAUACGGAGCUAUAGAAAUAAUAUUCGAUCGAGAUCACAUUGUGCAGCGAGAGCGAAUCCUUAUCCACGUGUGAAAAUUGAUUUUGCCUUGACGUCCGAGAGUCUUAUUUCUGAUCCACCGGAUCAACCGUUGGACGCUAAUUAUUUAGCCGAGGAAGACGAGGAUCGUUUUGAUAAAAUUAAAUAUCAUACACCUGAGGAAGAAAUUUCCCUUGCUCCGGCAUGUUGGAUGUGGGAUUAUCUUAGACGAUCCUGUCAAGGAGGAUUUUUCCUUCCACUUAGCGGUGGCGUCGAUUCCUCGUCAACUGCUUGUAUAGUUUAUUCAAUGUGUGAUUUGAUUGUGAAUGCAGUCAAAAAAGGAGAUUCACAAGUUUUGUCGGAUAUAAGAAAAAUUGUUGGCGAUUUUGAAUAUGUGCCACAGGACGCAAAACAACUUUGCAACACACUUCUAGUCACUUGUUAUAUGGGCACUGAAAAUUCAUCAGCGGAAACAAAAAAUAAAGCCGCUGAACUUGCCAGUGAAAUUGGUUCCUAUCAUCAUUCAAUUGUUAUUGAUGUUGCAAUAACAGCGAUAUUGGGAAUAUUUCAACAGGUUACAAAACUCACGCCACGAUUUAAAGUUAAAGGUGGUUCGCCAAGGGAGAAUUUGGCAUUACAAAAUAUUCAGGCAAGACUGCGAAUGGUGAUCGCCUAUCUUUUUGCUCAAUUAAUGCUUUGGGUUCGUGGAAGACCCGGUGGUCUUCUUGUUUUAGGAACAAGUAAUGUUGACGAAGCAUUGAGGGGAUAUUUCACAAAAUACGAUUGCAGUAGCGCUGACAUUAAUCCAAUUGGUGGAAUUGCAAAAAAUGAUUUGAAGAAAUUUCUCCAAUUUUUUGGAAAAAAGCAUGGAAUAAAAAGUCUAACAGGAAUACUUGAUGCGCAGCCAACGGCGGAAUUGGAACCAUUACAAGAUGGUCAUUAUGCGCAAUUAGAUGAAGUUGACAUGGGAAUGACUUAUGUUGAAUUGGGAAUAUUUGGUAGACUCAGAAAGCAAAAUUGCGCUGGUCCAUUCUCAAUGUUUUGUAAAUUGGUUCACACUUGGGAUAAUUCACCACCAAAAGAGAUUGCAGAUAAAGUGAAACAUUUCUAUCGAUGCUAUGCAAUAAAUCGUCACAAAAUGACAAUUUUAACACCGUCUUGCCAUGCGGAAACUUAUAGUCCCGAUGACAAUAGAUUCGAUCAUCGGCCAUUUCUCUAUAAUCACACUUGGAAAUGGCAAUUUAACGCUAUCGAUUAUCAGGUGCAACAAUUAAAUAGCGACGAUAAAUCGCCGAGAAGACGUAAAAAUCCACCGCAAGUGCCUCCAAAAACAAGACAGUUACCAAUGACCUCUGUUAUUAGUAAUAAGAAACAUCCGGGAAUUAUUGUUUAAAACGAAUUGAUGAAGAAAAAAAAAGAAUUGUACAAAUUUUCCGACGUUAUCUUUUUUUGAAAUUAGCAAAAAAAAAAAAAAUUACGAUUACUUUUCAUUUUAUAUAAAAAAAAUCUAUUUUCUACUAUUUUUUUUUAAUGUUUCUUAUGUAAGAUAUUUGUUAAAAAAUCAAAAAUUCAUAUUUUAACCGAAAUUUCUAAAUAUUAAUGAAAAAUAAUAUAUAAUUUAUAAUUAUUUACAAAUUAUAUCGAUUCGUUUUAAUGCAAGGAACACAAUUAUUUUAUAUUUAAAUUUGAAUUUAAAUAAAUAAACAAUUUUUCAGCUAAA